AUGGAUGAUAAUUUUGAUCCCCCGCGGGAAGAGAAUUUGUCUAUUGAAGCUACUCAGCCACUGGAGCCCAGUGCUGCUCAGAAGCCCAUGAAGCGCACUGAAGCCAUGGCCACCGACGAUGGUCCCACUGUUCACCUUGGCCCCAUCAACCAGGGCCAAGAGCAUACCGAAGCUGGCAAGGGAGAAUCUUCUACUUUGCAGUCAGCUUCCAACCUGAGUAACUCUUCUGCUAGGCCUAAGGUUGCUCAUGUUCAUUUUCUUAGCCCGGCUGAGCUCGAGAAGUUGAAGGUUGCAUCCAAGCAUGAUGUGAGUGUCCCGGCUCGGUCUGACCAGGUCCCAAUCACUUCAGUUUCCCAGAAGGAAUAUUAUGCUAGCAAUGCUCUAAAGACUAGGGAGCCCUAUCAGAGUAUUUCGGAGGUUCUAGCUGAAGCCGAGCUUGGAGAAGCCACUCCCAAAGCAACUGGUCUUUCAGGCGAUAUCAAAGAGCCAGAGAGGACUGAUGACACCUUCGGUAUGGACGAUGAUGCAGUCUCGGAACGAACAUCCAAGGUUGGAUUCAAGCAUGAUCCCGACGAGGAAAAGGCUCUCGCAAAUGUGGAACUGGACAUUGGUCGUUCGAAGAAAAAGAAGAACAAGAGGCGCCCGAAGAGUCAGAGGGGAGAGAACGCACCCUCUGGAUUUGAACCCUUUUACGCUGAUGCGCCAAUUACCCCAGCGGAGUUCGAGGAGAACAAGCAGAUUUAUGAUCCAGCUUUACCAGUUCUCGAUCGAAUUGACGAGGGCAUCAAGCGCUUCUUGUACAAGCGACGCCUUGAGCCCUACAGACGCAAGGUUUUUCUCAAGUAUCUGCAGUAUGGCGGUGUCAGCGUGGGCCCCAAUCAUUCCCAGGGAGUGACCCCGUCGGAACUGAAGGAAAUGACCAAAGAAGAGGCAAUGCAAGCUCGCUGCACCACGGCCAUCUUUCCCAAGAGGGGCAAGCCAUACCCUAUCCAGUGGAACGAUGUUGCCACUGGCUACCUAACUGGAUAUUACAUGGGCUACUACAACCCUGAGACCAAGGAGGAGAUUAAAAUCUGCACUGAUACAAUGAAGAAUUUCUUCUCUUAUCUGCUCUAUCACGACGUUUGCCCCGAGUACAAGGAGGAUCUCGAGGAAGCCCGAAAGACUUGUGAUAGGGCUGCCAAGGAGUUGUGGAUGAACCAGUUACUUGUUAAUCAUCGAGGCCCCGGGGACUUCAACCGCGGCUGCUCCGUGCUAUUUGGCGGCUACUACUUCGAGGAUGUGGAUGACCCGGCGGCUUGGAUUAAUGUUCGACACGCUGAUACAAGGGUGUUCACCUCUGACAUGGCUCGCAAGGCCGUCAAGUACGCCAUCGCAAUCGCCGGAAAUGAUCGAACUGCACGCAAAUUCAAAAUUCUCGCUGACAUGGACAUGGACAUGAUUGAAGCCAAACGGGUUGAAGAUAUCGAUGGCUUCGAGGUUAUCUCUGUGGAGGAACCUACCGAGGAAACCAUCGCGUACUACAGGGAGCUGGGGCCUGACCUCAUUCCAGUGGGCAAGGUUCGAGCCAAGGAAUUCCGCGAUCCUGCCAGAGGUGCUUUUGACCUGGCUCCUUGGGAAAAGGUUGACUGGGAUGCUGGUUUUGCCCCGGCCUACGAGUUUGAAUUCCUCCUGGAAGCCGAUUUCUUUGUCAACCUCUUACCUGGAAUGAAGAUCAUCACGACCGUCUAUCAGACCAACUUUGGACAGUACUACUUUGAUGAAAUACUGUCUGUGCUGCCAACUUUCUACAAGUUCAUGUACAAUGACUGGAUGAUGGACUACGUGGAACCCGCUCCUAUUAACUUUAUUCCCGAUGAGGAGGAAGUCGCACGCCGCCGCGCAAGAGAUUCUAUCAUUGAGCCUCUUGAGCCCACCCCUGCCGAUUGGGCUAUCUACCUCGUGACAAACGAGCUGGACUUCAAUUUCAACCCGGAUCAUCAUCCUAUGAAACCCACUUGGGAAGUGAUCCAUGCCCUUCAGAGCUUUGGCUGGGACAUGGAGGAAAUCAAAUAUUGGAUGGACUUGCCCAAGGAUCCUUAUCCGGAGAGAGGCAAGCACUGCAUGACCCAGGGAGAGCCACGCCCCAUCCGCCUUAGCGAUGAGCCUCGCGAUAUUCCGUUUGAUGAGAAGCGUUUCCCACGCCUUAAGCGGAUCAUCGGAUAUUUCAUGAAUCCUGAGAGAACCAAGCCUGUUUUCGAUCCGGAGAACAUGGCAAAGGCUCUCGAGGGCAGAAAGAAGCAGAUAGAAAAUCAAGUCAAGCAAGCCGCCCUGGAUGUGGAGGCUCUCCACGAGCACAAGAAGCAGAUUGAAAAGGAAGAGGCUAAACUUGCUAAGUUUCUCAGCGAGCAAAGAGCGCAGAUAAAGAAUCAGGCUGAGCAAGCCGCCGAGGCUGCAAAGGAACAGGCCGAGCUAGUAGCUCAGACUGUGAAGAAGCGGGAGCCCGAAGCAUAG